UGAACUUUGACCAGCAGCAGCCUCCAACAAAAUCAUAUCAUAAUUAACCUCUCCAUUCCCAAACGUGCAAUUUGACCGCAGCAGCCAAGAUUGAUUUGAUGCUUUCUGACCUCUCUCCGAUCCCAAAACUUCAUUUAUCAACCUCACACCUGAUUUUUAUGCAAAAUGCUCUGUUUUGGACAACUUCUUGAUUAGCACAGAAGAUGAACAAAUCCCAUGUUCUCUUCCCGAUCAUCUUCUUCUUCACUCAUUUUUGCACUAAUCGGGCGGCUGAUUCUUUAUGCCCCAUCAAUUUUGACUAUGUUGAAACCUUCCCAUGGGACACUUCCCUGUGCAGAGAACCAGUUCAAUCAGCCUGCUGCCAAACUCUUCGCAGCGUUUUCGGUAUGGGCCUUGCCCAGUACCUCAAAGAUUCCUCCUUGUUUUAUCUCCCUGAUGCAAACACUUCAUCUUCUUGCAUGGCAAACUUCCAAGAAAAGCUCUUUUCAAUGUCGAUACCCGGUUCCUUGUUCCCUGCUUGCUUCAAUGACACAACUGAAUUCGUCAAUAGACCAUCCACCAGCUGUGCCGGAAUUGUAACAGUAAACGAUUGGACUCAAAGAGUUUACACGUACGCCCCACUAGAAUCCUCCUGUAAUGGAGACUUAACGGGCUUAACACGAUGCAGUUUGUGCGUGGAUGCAGGGUUGAAGGUGAACUCUUAUCUUGUUUCUUUACAUCCUAACUCCACAAAAUGUUUCUUCUUUGCCAUACUUUAUGCUGCUGCUAUUGUCAAUGAUUAUGGACCUGAGGAUGUCAGAACAGCUUCUUGCAUAUUAGGCCUGCCCUUAUCUAGCUCUGCAAAUGGUAAAGGAUCGAAUAAUACGAAAAGAAAAUUGCUCUUCGGGGUGAUGGGAGGCUUUAUUGGGACAUGUUUUGCAGUUAUAUUGUUCCUGGUUUACAGAAAGUGGGACAAGAAGAAAAAACAGGAUCUGAUGCAUGAAUCCUAUGUGCAUUCUAUGAAGUCUAGGGUGCUGCCUAACUCAGGUGCCAAAUGGUUUCAUGUAGCAGAGUUAGAACAAGCUACUAAUGGAUUCUUGCAGAAGAAUAUGAUAGGAAAGGGUGGAUAUGGAGUUGUUUAUAAAGGGACUCUUUCAGAUGGCACUGAAGUUGCUGUCAAGCAAAUUCUUGAUUUGGAAUCCAAAGGGGACGACGAAUUCACCAAUGAGGCAGAGAUCAUCAGCAAGAUCAGGCACAGAAAUCUUCUUGCUCUCAGGGGAUUCUGCGUUACAAGUGAGAGAUUUAAGGGUAAGAAGAGGUAUCUCGUUUAUGAUUUCAUGUCAAACGGGAGCCUGGAAAACCACCUUUUCGUUAACGACAAGAAGCAGAAUCUAUCUUGGCCUCAGCGCAAGAACAUAAUUCUUGACAUCGCAAAAGGACUUGCUUACUUGCAUUAUGGAAUCAAGCCUGCAAUUUAUCAUCGCGAUAUAAAAGCUACAAACAUUCUUCUGGAUUCAGACAUGAAGGCUAAAGUGGCUGAUUUUGGAUUGGCUAAGCAAAGCGCAGAAAGCCAAUCCCACCUCACCACGAGAGUUGCUGGCACGCAUGGAUACCUUGCGCCAGAGUAUGCACUUUAUGGACAAUUGACAGAUAAGAGUGAUGUUUACAGCUUUGGCAUUGUGAUUCUUGAGAUUAUGAGCAGCAGGAGGGCUCUUGAUGCAUCAGCAACUUCAAAGAUUUUGAUCACUGAUUGGGCUUGGGCGCUUGUGAAAUCUGGAAGAGUUGAAGAGAUUUUUCACGAGUCGAUAAGAAACGAAGGCCCAAAGGGUGUUAUGGAGAGAUUUGCGCAUGUUGGGUUGCUCUGCGCACAUGUGAUGGUGGCACUUAGACCUACCAUUGCUGAUGCACUGAAGAUGCUUGAAGGAGACAUUGACAUCCCACGACUGCCUGAGCGGCCAUUGCCUCUCACUCGUGAAAUGCUGCAAAUGCCUUUCAAGUAUAGUUCAUCCACAAGCGAGGGAUCAAUAGCUAUGUUCAGCAUUAGUUCAUGAAAAUUAGAUCCAGAAAAGAAUUUCUUUCACCCAUUAUCCAGAUAGUUUAUGCAUGUAUAAAAAAUAAGCAAGAUUAUUACAGUUUGCCGCUUUUAACAUGAUAACGAAGUUUGUCCAACUAAUCAGAUUCAUUUCACUAAUACAAUGAAUGAGGUACUGUUUGUGUU